AUGUCAUCUAACAAGUUUUUCAGCUUUUUGUUUUCCAAGCAAUCCUUAAAAUAUAUGUGUACCACCCACUUCUGGGGACCAGUCUCAAACUUUGGUAUCCCCGUUGCUGCCAUGUUGGACUUGAAGAAAGAUCCAGAGUUGAUUUCCGGUCCAAUGACCGGUUCCUUGAUUGUAUACUCCUUGGUGUUUAUGAGAUAUUCCAUGGCUGUUAUUCCACAAAAUUAUUUGUUGUUUGGUUGUCAUUUCGUUAACGAAUUGGCUCAAUUGACUCAAGGUUUCAGAUGGACCAAGCAUCAUUUCCAAGGUACUCCUAAAAUCGAAGAAGGUAAGACUGCUUAG